AGCUCCUCAGGCUUGGAGACCAGCAGGAGGCACCUGGAGGCUACAGUUCCUGCUGGAUUGAUGUCCAUGGCACCACGAGUCUUGCUCCUCUGCCUGCUGAGCCUGGCAGUCACUGGCAGGCAUGGCCCGGAGGCAGCCAUCCCAGGCUGCCACUUGCACCCUUUCAACGUGACGGUGCGAAGUGAUCGCCAUGGCACCUGCCAGGGCUCCCAUGUGGCACAGGCGUGUGUAGGACACUGUGAGUCUAGUGCUUUCCCCUCCCGGUACUCUGUGCUGGUGGCCAGUGGCUAUCGACACAACAUCACUUCCGCUUCCCAGUGCUGCACCAUCAGCAGCCUUAAAAAGGUGAGGGUGUGGCUGCAGUGUGUGGGGAACCAGCGUGGGGAGCUUGAGAUCUUCACUGCCAGGGCCUGCCAGUGUGAUAUGUGCCGUCUCUCCCGCUACUAGUCCUGGGAGGGCUCAGGCUCCAGUCCUGCCACUGAUGUGUCAUGGAUCUCUCCAAUGAGGGGCUCUGACGCUCGUUAGCGUCUGUGAGGAUGGGGUCUCACCUCCUUUUACCUGACCUUCUCAGCAGUCUCACUGCUAUGUUCUCCUUCGCUCCUGUCCUCAGUAAAGCAAGCAAUGCUUGA